CUUCAUUAGAGAAGUGAAUCUUGGUGCAGUGAGAAAACAAUCAUGAAGCUGUCUACAUUUACGGUGCUCGUCUGUGGACUGAUGGUCGUGGCGUAUGCCGCGCCAACGACUCACAACUAUAGCAUGGAAGAAUUGGGCCGUAUUAUUGAGGAAUAUCGAGUGAAGUUUGAUGACCUACAUGAAGAAAAAGAUGCGUUUUUGGUUUUCGCUCGUAUUGUCGUCCGCGCUGAACUGAAGAUGUUGAACGAAGCCGUUACGGAGAACUUAGGACAAGCCUGGAGCGACAUCGAUCAUCACUUCGAUAGCACCCGAAAGAUCAUCGGCGAUAUGAUCAUUACGCCUGGGGCUAACGAGCAGUGUCUUUUGGGCCUAGUGGAGGAAAUCGUUGCUGAGCGGAUUCGUGCUGCGGAUGAGAUGAGCCUCUGCGCUGCGGACAAAAUUGUUAUCAAGGAAAGCCUGGCCGAUGAGAUGCGUACCUUGGUUAAUCUGCUGCAACGAAUCUCAACCGCCGCAGCCGAAUACACGCUGUAUUCGUUCUCGAACCACAAUUCGUUGCUCGAUCCAGAGAGCCACAUUGAGUGGCUAGAACGCAACUAUCAGAACCAGGUGAACUUCUGGGACAACUAUGCCCGCCCUGAGGCUCAGGAAGACCUGGACAAUAUGGAGAUUAACCGCCCGCUGCUGGUGCAGGAGAAUCUCCUCUGUUUGGAACGCAUCCAGCUGGAUAUGGCCGAGGUCGACCGCAACAUCAACCUGCGAAUCAACCAGUGCAUCGGAUGAGUGAGGUGGACUUUAGUUAUGGUUUGAAUUAUUUAAUAAAAUUGUUUU